AUGGAGGAACAGGAUUUUUCGGGUUCUUACGCAGAGUCGGAGAUAACAGAAGGGCUGGAAACGACGGAUCAGUCCCUUUGCUCCGAAGUCUGUCAGAAGCCCCUUGUGCUCAGGCUCCUGAAUACACACCCAGAGGAGACUGUGGAGGCUGAGGAAGACGAGGAGGCAGAGGACGACGAGGAGUUCGAGUCCUAUAAAUCCGCCAUACACUUCGAGACACGUAGAACCUCCUCGUCCCCCAAGACCCAUGAGCCCGGUACACCCCACAAGCUCCAGGGGGCACGUGUGCUCUACACGACCCGCAAGGCCCAGGAGCCAACCGUGUCCCUGGAGCCCCUCAAGCUCCACAAGCCUGAUAAAAUGGAUUUGCUUCCUACAGCGACAGUGACACUAUCCCCAUCCCUCAUCACCAGGUGCCCUCCACGGCUUUAUCAGUCUUCUCAAAGCGCACGACCUGCUUCCUGUGACUUUGUAAAGAAAAGUUCUUUUUCUAGAAAAAGAAUCCAAGAUCUUGCUAGGCCUAAAAGACAAUGGGGAAUUCCAGAUCGAUGUGUGCUUUGGGGAAAUCAAGAUCCUAUCCGUCCUAUUUCUAAGCAUGCUUUGAAGGCUCAGCUAACCGAGAGACUUGAGAACCUUGCUCAGCCCAGGAAGGCUUCCCUCAGUUACGUACCCAACAGGGCUCAAUAUUGCUACGGCUGUGGGAGAGAGUCUGUAAUUUGGAAAGUUCCCCAUGCUGCAUUGUUUACCCAGCCCUCCAAAAGGAUCCAGAAGCUGGCACAGCCCAAUAAACUCAAAAGACACUAUUCAAUAUACAGGCCCUACAGUGAUUACUUACCACGAGAGUGUCUUCGCUUCUCUGAUCCUUCUCCCCGGAUUCUGCGCCUCUCCAUUGCAAAAGCUGCCGAUCCAAACUACAUUCCACCAAAAGGAACUGAAAACAGAGUUUCCGCUUCUGCCUUGAGUGCUAUUGCAACUCCAAGGAUUAUAGACCUUGCCCACCCAAGGAUCAAGUUAGAGGGGCUCUGCUAUGAGAGAGAGAGAAGCGAGAAGCCCAUCCGCCCUAUAACCUCUGCCGCCAUGUUAGCCGUACCUAGCCCCCGAACAAUACAUCUAGCGAAAUCUAAGCCCCUUCAUCCAGAUUAUCUACCUGCCCGGAAUGCCAAAUGGCCAGUGUCUCAUGCUGCUACCCACUCAAAAAUAUCUCCCAGAAUUCAGGAGCUUGCAAAUCCAAAUACAAGGGCUCCUGUGAAUGUGGUGUAUUAUGACCCUGAUGCCUUUAAAGUCAAGCCAGCUGCUCUGACAGCACAGUGUUCUGCGAGAGUCAAACAGUUGGCGGAACCUGUUGUACACUAAGUACAGACCAGCAUUUCCGCCACACAUCAACCACGUAUCCGGAACAAGUAUUAGAUGAUGUAGGGGCCUGCCUUGGUUU